CUCCCUUGAACAGCUCCUAGUGAGAACAAGGCGUGCAGAGCUCCGAUCACCAGCAUCAUGCUCCUUGGGCUUGGAUCCUAGAUCCCCCUCGUUGAACACUGGUAAUAGCUGCUCUGGCCCUCAGCAUCCCACGCUGACAGACUGACAGAAAGAAAGAGGCAGAACAGGAAAAAGGAGGAAGAGAAAACCUGCAGCCAAGUGGACUAAAGCAGCCAAGAGCGAGGGGAGAAGGGUGCUUUGCUUACACCGCUGCAAAGUGGGAAUUUAAAGAACUGCAGAGAGAGAAAUCCCAGCUCCCCGCCACACACACAGCGCAGAAUUAUAGCGCCAGGUAGAAAUGACAUCAACGGGGAAAGAAGGCAGCGGAGCUCAACAUGCACAAUAUGUUGGACCCUAUCGCCUGGAGAAAACCUUGGGCAAAGGACAGACAGGACUUGUGAAGUUGGGGGUUCACUGUGUAACAUGUCAAAAGGUCGCGAUAAAAAUUGUCAACAGAGAGAAGCUCAGCGAGUCGGUGCUAAUGAAGGUGGAGCGGGAAAUAGCCAUCCUGAAGUUGAUAGAACACCCCCACGUUUUAAAGCUGCAUGACGUUUAUGAAAAUAAAAAAUAUUUGUAUUUGGUGCUAGAACAUGUAUCAGGUGGGGAGCUCUUCGACUAUCUCGUAAAAAAGGGAAGAUUAACGCCAAAAGAAGCCAGGAAGUUCUUCCGACAAAUCAUCUCUGCUUUAGACUUCUGCCAUAGUCAUUCAAUAUGCCACAGGGAUUUAAAACCAGAAAACCUACUGCUGGAUGAAAAGAACAACAUCCGGAUAGCAGACUUUGGAAUGGCAUCACUGCAGGUCGGGGACAGCUUGUUAGAAACCAGCUGUGGGUCGCCACAUUAUGCCUGCCCUGAAGUGAUCCGGGGAGAAAAAUACGAUGGGAGGAAAGCGGAUGUCUGGAGCUGUGGAGUCAUUUUAUUUGCAUUGUUAGUGGGUGCCCUGCCAUUUGACGACGACAACUUGCGGCAGCUGUUGGAGAAGGUGAAGCGGGGUGUGUUCCACAUGCCACAUUUCAUCCCUCCAGACUGUCAGAACCUCUUGCGGGGGAUGAUUGAAGUGGACGCCUCGAAACGUCUCACGCUAGAACACAUUCAGAAACACAUAUGGUAUAUAGGGGGUAAGAAUGAACCAGAACCAGAACAACCAAUUCCUCGAAAGGUGCAGAUUCGUUCUCUCCCUUCCCUGGAGGACAUUGAUCCAGACGUGUUAGACAGCAUGCACUCGUUAGGCUGCUUCCGCGACCGAAAUAAACUCUUACAGGACCUGUUGUCGGAAGAAGAAAACCAAGAGAAAAUGAUUUAUUUUCUUCUCCUUGAUCGGAAAGAGAGGUAUCCCAGUCAUGAGGAUGAGGACCUGCCCCCUCGGAAUGAAAUAGAUCCCCCCAGGAAGCGUGUGGACUCCCCAAUGCUGAACCGGCAUGGGAAGCGGCGGCCAGAAAGGAAGUCGAUGGAGGUUCUCAGUGUGACAGAUGGCGGUUCCCCGGUCCCAGCUCGCAGAGCUAUUGAAAUGGCACAGCAUGGACAGAGUAAAACAAUGUUCAGUAAAAGCCUGGAUAUCUCUGAAGCCAAUCCCAAAUUCAACAAAGAAGAAAGGAUGGCGAGUGCUGAUGCAUUGGGGUCUCGGUCGAUCAGCGGAGCCUCAUCUGGUCUCUCCACCAGCCCCCUCAGCAGUCCAAGGGUCACCCCUCACCCCUCUCCAAGGGGAAGUCCCCUCCCUACCCCCAAGGGGACACCCGUCCAUACGCCAAAGGAGAGCCCAGCAGGCACACCCAACCCAACGCCACCAUCCAGCCCCAGCAUUGGAGGAAUGCCCUGGAGGACACGGCUCAACUCAAUCAAGAACAGCUUCCUGGGGUCUCCUCGAUUCCAUCGCCGGAAAUUGCAAGUACCUACACCAGAGGAGAUGUCCAAUUUAACCCCGGAAUCUUCCCCAGAGCUUGCCAAAAAAUCCUGGUUUGGUAACUUUAUCAACCUGGAGAAAGAAGAACAGAUCUUUGUGGUCAUUAAAGAUAAACCACUAAGCUCCAUCAAGGCUGACAUUGUGCACGCUUUCCUCUCGAUUCCCAGCCUCAGUCACAGCGUCAUCUCACAGACAAGUUUCCGUGCAGAGUACAAGUCCACGGGGGGUCCCGCUGUCUUCCAGAAGCCAGUGAAGUUCCAGGUGGACAUAACAUACACAGAAGGGGGCGAGGCACAGAAGGAGAAUGGGAUCUACUCAGUCACUUUCACGCUCUUAUCAGGUCCAAGCCGUCGCUUCAAGAGGGUAGUAGAAACCAUUCAGGCACAGUUGCUAAGCACACAUGACCAGCCUUCAGUGCAGCAGUUAUCAGACACCACUAACUGUGUGGAGUUGAUGACUGGCAGACUUUCCAAAUGUGGAAUUAUCCCGAAAAGUUAACAUGUCAGCCACGGCUUCACCUUCUGUGCUCUGCGGACACUUGUUGACGGAAGGAAACCGAUGUAGACUGUCCAAGGACCAGUCCUGUUUGAGGUUCCCAGCCUCCCCCUCUGCCCCCAGGAAAUGGGUUUCUCCCCCACCUCCCCAACACACACUUUUUCUCUUUUUCUUUUUGGUGCUCCACGAGGGAGAUCUGCUCAGUAAUGGGAUUGCACAACCUGGGCUGGAAGCAGGUUGCAAUUGUUGGAGCGACACCAUUGUCCUUGACAACAUUCGUCUGUGCAGGUGAACUCAGACUGGCAGGGGGAGAGGGGCAAGAAACCAGGGGAAAUGUAACCAUGAAACCAGGGAGCACUCUCAGCCAAAACCACCAAGGAGUGAGUAAAAGCAAAGCAUCGAACGAAGACAAUAUCGGGGAGUUUCACUGUGGGAUUUUCUCCAACUCCUUUUUCCUCCCUGUCCCCACCCUUUCCUUUUUUUUUUUUUAAAUUGUGUUUGUUUUUGAUACUCUUAUCAUUUUGCUUUUCGACCUGCUGGAGGGGGAGGGAAUCCUCUCGUGGGGGUUGGGGGAAUGAACAAACACAAAAACAAACAAACAUUCAAACUUAGGGAAAAGGCAACAUACGGCAGCAAAAGAGGCGGGAAAGGAUUCUGCCUAGCUGAGAACAGUCUCUCUUGUCACCAACUGCCGUUGCCGCUGCUGCUGCUCCUUCUUCAUCUUCCUCUUCACUCUUCAACUCCUGCCUACCACACUGCCGUGUUGGGACCUUCUUCCACCAUCUGGAUCCUCCAACACACUCUGCAUUUGGAUGCAAUUGUCGUGUCGCUCGUGCUGCAUCAAUAUCAGUAUUAUUAUUUAUUUGCUGGUUUUGAUUUAUUUAUUUAUUUGAUUUAUUGGGUUUUUCAACAAACAGACGAAGAAGAAAAGAGGAUAAUUUGGGUUUUUUUCCAUGUGUGUGCAUGUGCAUACCACUGGCACUUCAUUCAUCUGAGUGAGACGAGGAAUCAGUGCUAUGGGCAAGUGAAUCACGAAGCUACUGUAAACUUUAAAAAUUACUGCAAGAUAUUUUUAUAAACCUUUUUUUUUUGA